UUCAGAUCAGAGGCUAACAGCAAGUGUCGAAGAUCAUGAAGUUAACCAUUUUCCUCGUUGCUCUCGCUUCAGCUAGUGCGGCUGAAACUCUGCAGUUGGACGACUCCAAGUCGGCCGCCCCAGACUCCGACGCCCAGGCGACAGGUUUCGAGGGAUUCGGAGGAUUCGGCGGUUUCCGAGGCUUCCAUCAAUUCAAUGGAUUGAUGAGCAAUGCCUUCGGAGACCUUGAAGGUCAAUUCGAUUCCAGUGGAUUCAAUAAGGAAUUUUCUGGAUCAAAGAACCGAAAAUUUGACACAGGAUACGGACAAUACUUCCUGGAGGACCUCGGCGACAGUCCGUUUGGUUCAGACCUGGGCUCUCCGACUACCCACCAGAAGCAGGGCCAUCUGGCUCCAGCGGUACAGCUAGUUGCCAAGGCACCGGGCCGUCCAGGAGCGGUUCCCCGUUAUCACCAGCCUCUGCCGACCACCAAGUACGGCCAACAUUCACAACUGGUACAGCCAGCAGUAGGAAGGAAGCCUUACCCAGCUGUCAAACACACAAAAGCACUGAGUCCAUACAAUGUACAGCCAUAUCAGGUCCCCUAUGCGGGUGGCCUACCUAGGAAACACAUAGCCGAUAGCAUUGUGCCUACUUAUAGCGGGAAAAGCCUGGUACCUCAGCCUUUCGGAACAAGGAAGUUUACUAAGGUAGUUGAAAAGACUCAUGCGAUCAGACAAGAGAGCCCUAAUUUGAAACACUUCACAGAAAACUACGCACCAGACGAGGGAUUUGCUUUCUGAGCUGAGAAAUUAUACUGAAAAAUGUAACAUUUCGUUUGCACAGCGUGUUUCUUUUAAAAAAUAUAUUUUGGAGUACGCUUUCAAGCGGAAAAAGACAGGCGGUUCUCCCGUGAAGUCUGGCAAAUCCUUAACUCACAAGAUCGUUUCACGGCUACAUUUUUUUAUAGAAAAAUUUACGCCUGAAAUUAUUAAAAUAUUAAACAAGUUAGUUUUACCUUAUUGGAAUAUGAAUUCAAAUAUAAUGACUAAAUUUAAAUCAAAAUAAGUUACAUUAAAAUAACAAAAAAUAUAAUUUAAAAGCUAAUGCAUACGUAAAGACACAGAACAUCGCAACCAAGCGGUUAUCAAUGUUACAUAUCCUGCGGGUUCCGAGUUCAGAUCUCAGUCGGACCCGGAUAUUCAGAGUUCUAAGUGGUUUUCUCUCAUUUCCUUAAAUAAUAUGGCUACGACACCUUAAAGUAGGCCUCUACCGCUUCCUUCAUAGGUAAUGUAUGCAGUUGAAAAUGCGUUCUUUUACCGCUCACUAUAUUUCACGAAGUACAAUAUAGAAAGUAUGCGGUUUAUUUAAAAUGAAAUGUACUGCCAGGGUCACUCCUCUUAUCUGCACUUGGCGCUCUCAAGUCUGGUGUUGUAGUUCAGUGGGAAUUUCAAAGCAUACAAGUAGGCCUCCAACUUAUGAGAUAGUUGCAUUCUGAGACGCGGUCUCGUAACUCGAAACUCUUAUUCCCUUCGUUUAACUUGAUUUAAAUUUCAUUGAAAAAUACGUUAAGAAAUUAUAUUUAAUUUCAAAUAUUUUUUCAGUUUAUGAAUUUUAUUUUUGUUUCAUGCAGAUAAUUUCGUUAUUUUAUAUUUUUCAAUAAAAUAAAUAAAUUUAAAAAAUAUCAUACGAAUUCGCGUUAAGAAGAAAACUAGGUAAAAAUGGGAAAUACGUGUAAUCAUACUUGUAUAUAUAGAUGAAUAUUAAAACUCAUUUUUCGUAAACUCUUUAAACGUCCCGUUAAUUUUGCAGAAUGUUGUUUAGAUUAUAGAUUUUUAUACUUAUAACUGUCCUAUUACAUUUAAAUAAAUGCUUUGCAAUUCGUAUCUGAGUAACAUUUAAUAAACUUCCCAAACAUCCAUAAAAGAUCUGGAGGUUGCAGGCCGUUCACAAGUUUAACCUACAUCCAUAUUUGGAUUUCAUUCAGUCAGAACAGUUUGCAUCUAUUAUUCUGG